AUAUUAUUUUUUAAAAAAUAUUUAAUUAAUUUUACUUGACGAAACUGCAUGCUCUGUAAAAUAAUUUUAAUUUUAGAUAUUAGUUGAAUAAACUUCUAAAAAAAGGAUAUUAAUUGAAUAAAAAAACAAAAAAGGGGAAGCGGAACAUAGCGCCAACAGAUUCAAACCUUUAGAUCCAUUCACCAUUUUCUCCUCGCCCUUCUUGAAUCCCACAUCCCAUCUCGACAACCAAGCUCAUAUGGAAGGAGGAGGAGCCGGAGCGCAGCGUGUCGACACCGAGAUGACCGAGGCAGCCCAGCAACCCGACCCACAGCACCCGCAGCAGCAUCUGGCCCCGCAAAUGGUAGUCGGCGGGAUGGAGAGUAUUCGGGCUACGCUUAGGCACGGUGGCAGGUUCAUACAGUAUAACAUAUUAGGGAACAUGUUCGAGGAGGAGAUGAAGAAUGCAAUGAAGAUGGAGUGAUUAGAGCUGGAAUUUACUAUUUUUUAUCAUAAAAUUUUUUAGUGUUCAUCACAUCUGGUGAGUCCUCAAGGUCUCUCUUUUCUGUACUGUAAUUACAUUUCUUCAAGUUGCGUACUCUUAAUUUAUUUUGUUUUCAUUCUUAUUUUUUUACAUAUUUCAACAUGCUUCUCAUACCAGGAAAACAUAUCUGGGAAUGCAUGCGGUUGUACCUUUGUCUCAUUUUUUAUUUUGUGUCUUGAAGCAGAUGUGAACAUGAUUAUAUGCUUCACUGUCUAAGAUACAUCUAACGGUUGGAGAUGAAGAAGGUGAAGGUGAUGAAAGGAUAACAAUAGGACUUUUUUCUGGUGUGGCAAUGUGGGAUUCACAACCAAACAAGAAAAAAUACACUUAAAAAAUAGGUAGUGAUUUAACUGUGUUGAUUGCAUUCCAUUUAAUUUGCUUUGAUUCAUUUGUGAAGAAUAAACUGAACCCUUGUUUUUUCAGUGCCUCUGUUCGUUUGUCUUUGAAAGCCAUAGCAGAAAUUCCUUGAGGCUCAUAAAGCGUCUACGUUUUAUUGUCUGAACCUCUACCUGCUGCAUACUCAUUUCCAUUUGCUUCUUGUCUUGUAGUUACUUGUUUUUCUCUUGCUUUGUGCUGUUAUUAUAGCUGUUUGAAGAGUAUAUUGUAAAAAUCUAUCUAGAUACAGUGGAGCUUUUUUUAUGGACAGGAGGUCCCAUGGUUUUUACUCUUCAAUUUGAAGAGGUUUUCCACAUUACACGCUCAAACUCCACCUAACAAACUAAAUUUCUCAUU